AUGGCUACUCACACUCCUCGUACAUCCCUACGCGAGGGCUUGCGACAAGCUCCUAAGGCCAAUCAACCUUUCAUCCCUGAUACGACGCCAGUACGGCGCUCCCAUCUUCACGCGAAUCAAUCCCCACAGCCUCAUCUCAUCCAGCCAUACUCCAACUCGCCGGCCAAUCCGGGUAGUCCUCGUGUUCCGGCCGAGAAUUGGGAUGGCAAGGAUCAGAGAGUCCCCAUGUCGACACGCGAAGUGGUGACACCUGGAAACCGACCAGGCCUAUUCACCAGUAUGCAUGGGAAGGACAAGACCGCGAAACAGCCGGACUUUUAUGAUCCUUACUUUCCACUUAAAUAUUUAGAAGUCCCAAAGUCAGAUCAUAUCUACAAACGCGCCCACUAUGGCCUACAGUCCGGAAUCUCCGACGAAGUAGAUUUUGCAUUAUAUCACCUCGUUCAAAUAUCUAAUCAGCGAGGAGACAAAUUCAAGUUCGAGGGCUUCCCAUUGCUAGCUGAAAGCCUAAUGGAAAAGGCCAUCGACGUUUCCUUCCUCUGCACCGGCAUUAAAUGGGAGCUGCAAUAUGACUUCCCACAGUCAAUAGAUCGCGUUAAUGUCCUCAACUCUCUUCAUGGUACCCGCGAUAUCCUAGAAAGGAUCAAAAGGAUACCGGUUACUUUGCCUCAAGACACCCUUGAGACAUACGAGUUCAAUCACCGUCUUCGGAAUAUCAAGGAAGCCACCUUAAUCCUCAGGAACAUGGUUCUAUUGAAGGAAAACGCAUACUACCUCUCACGCUAUGCUGGUGGUCUUUUAAGAGAUUUCCUGGUGAUCAUGAUCAACAUCCCCGACCAGCCACGGCUAAACGAAAUUAAAAAUGACGCGCUGGAUAUCGCAGAGGAGGUGACCAGGUUUAUGAGAACUGACCCGGAAGAUCCUCUCUGGAUUUCGUUGCUGAACUGUCUCGACUCUCCCGAUCGCGCCCACGUCGUUCGUGCACUCUGGGCCCUCACUCACUUCUCAACGGAAUUGGACGAACCGGAAGCGAACCGAGCAAUGGAUCGUAUGCCGAAGCAAACCCUACAACAGCUGUAUCUCCUUUCCCUUCUUGACCUUGAUAAGGACAUCCUGAGCGGUGCACUUGACUUCUGGUAUCAAUACUCCCUUUCUCGUGAGAAUGUCGAGACCAUGCUGGAGGUUUUUAAUUUCUCAACUAUUUUCGUCCCACGGAUGAUUGCGUUAUUAACGCACGAAGGUCGCCCUAUGAAGAAGGAAACUGUCUUGCAAGAGGAAAAGGUAGCGCCUCCGCCGUCAGAAAUCCCGCGCGUUCCUGCGGAACUUUUGAAAGACCUCAUGGAGUUGUCUGAACCGGAACGUAGCUCGCGCUGGCUACGCUGUUGUUUUGUCGAGGACCCUGACUGUGAGAUCACGCAAAUCGCACUUUGGCAGGCGUACCAGAGUCGCUUCGCUGAUCCUCGCGUUCCUGGUGGUGGCGUCCUCCCCGCUGCAGAGUUCAUCAAAAAUGUCAGCACUACGUUCACGAACGCCCAAGCCCAGGUCAUCAAUGGACCUGGGUCUUCAACUAGGUUCAUCAUCAAGGGUAUUCGACCCCUUGAAACCGCGUACACAUUUCGAGGAUUUCCUUACAUUUACUGCAAAUGGCAAGAUAACUUAAAACCGACGAAAACUUGUCAGCGCGCCUUUGGCACACCCACAGACCUCCGAAAUCACGUUUUCGCCGACCAUAUGAAUUUAAAGUCGACCGAAACUCCUGGCCACUAUGAUCUUGAUGAUGCGGAAUCACCUGUGCACACCUGUCUUUGGGACAACUGCACCAAGUUCCGGUCGUCCGGCCCUAGUGCUAAUACUGCCUUGGUUGCAGGCCAUGUUUAUUCGCAUCUGCCCGAGGAGCGACCUGCAGAUGCAGAACCCCCAAUCUCGAAGCGUGCAGUACUCCAGGAGCGCAUUGUGCGCAAGUGGUUCUAUAUGGAUACACCUGUCAGUGAUCGGGGAGAGCCUGUGGGAGUGGCAUAUAAAGCCGCUCUCGUCCUGCGUAAUCUUGCCAGAAAUCUUCCAAAUGGAAUUGCGCCGAACCAUGAUGGGCUUUCAUGGAAAAAGGCUGUUUUCCUCAGUCACCGCCCCAGGAUUGUCGAAGUUUGGGACCGAAACAGGUCACUGCGGAAGGAGCUGACCGAGUUGAUCAUGAUAUUAGAGAAAGAGGAAUACUAUUGA